UAAAGGUUAUCCAUUCUGCAUCUUUUUUAUUCUAUUUAGUUGUUUUUUGUACAUCAUAACAUCUUGCAUCUGGAUAUGACCUUUGAUCCAGUUUCACUUAUUUUGCACUUGCUAAAAUGGGAAGAAGAUGGCGAGAGCAGUUUUUUUUUACACACUGAUCACCCUGUCAAAUCUGAUAGUUGAAUCAAAUUCCCACAGACUGGUGGUCUUCUCUACGGGCCUGGUGAAAUCCCAGCAUGGAUAUCAUUUUGAGCAGCUCACUGUUUAUGAUGGCGUUGCAGUUUCGUUUUGCAAUGGGGCCACUAAAAAAGAACAGUUAAAACCAAAACUUCAAACUUCACUAAUACCUGACAAUUGUGAAAUAGCCCAUUAUAAUAUUCUAGAGGCUGUUUACAACAUUGAAAGUCAUGCACUUGCAGUGGAUGUGGUGCAGCGAAGACGAGGAUGCAGUCGCUCCUCCAAUGGGAGCGUAUCUGCUUUUGAGGCUUGGGCUGUGAAUGGGAAUGACUUUAUAACCUUUGACCCUGACACUUUAAAAUGGACCCCUCAGUCACCUUCUGCCUUUAAAAUCAAAGAGCUCUGGGACAACCAACAGACCAGAAAUCAUGCCUUCAGUACUUUCCUCAAAAAUGAAUGCCCAAAGAUGAUCGAACAAACAGCACUGAAGUCAACGCCUAAAAAUACAGAGCUGCAUAUUUUCGCCAAACCAGUUGAAGACAACAAUGAGGCGUACCUCAUAUGUCAUGUGACCACAACAGAUCCCUCAGUGAAGUCAGUGCAUUUGACUGGAGAUGGAGCGCCCCAUGUCAGUGGCUACUCGGUUUUUGGACCGCUACCCUCUGAUGGUGAUGAGUGGGUCCUCAGAUUGACAGCCAGGAUCUCUCUCCGUCUCACCCAUCUCACCUACGGCUGUGCUGUAAAGUCAGAGGGCAACAAUGUUUCAGUGUAUUGGAAUGGAAAUACUCUUGAUGGACGGCACAUAUAUAAAACUUUUUGGGAUAAGAGUCUUAUUGUCAUUUUUGGAUUUAGUGCUACGAUUGUAUUCGUUCUUGUCAUAUCUUGCAUAAUAACAAUUUUACUGAAAAUGAUCAAAAUGAGAAGACCACCUCCUCCUCCCCCAAGACCAGAGCUGAGAGAGCAGUUGAACAGUUUCAUCGAGAGCUCCACUUUCUAUCCAGACAUAAGAAACGUCCUACUGGCUUUCAUUUACGGCUCAAACCUUCCGGACCGUUAUCAAGACGACUAUAACCAGUGGCUUGAAAUGAUGGAGCUUCAAAAUAACCAUGAUCCCGAAUUUUAUCCUGCGUAUAAAAAGCCUGACUCUUACUUUGCAUCGACUAAUUAACUGCAUUACAUGAAAUGCAAAGAGUCAUUCUUAAUUCUGCUUCAAAUGUAUUUUUAUUUCCGUUUGUUUCUGCUACUGUGAAUAUGUAUUAUGUGCUUUAGAGCAUUUACUGUGUCCAGUGUUGGGAAGGUUACUUUUAAAAUGUAUUCCCCUACAGAUUACAGAUUACAUACCCCAAAAUGUAGUUUGUAACGUAAUCCAUUAAAUUUAAUUAAAUGAGUAACGUAAUCUGAUUACUUUGGAUUACUUGAUAUUGUCAUGUUUUUUUUAAACGACAUGAAUGUAGCAACCACAUCCUGAAAAUUCUUGUUUGUUGUCUUCAAAUUGUCUGAGCCCAAGUCUCCAUGAAUAAGCAAGUUUUGUCUGUUAAAAGACAGUAACAAGAUCAGCCU